ACAAGUCAGCUAUAUCUCGAGACCAAGGGAAGCUUGUGAUCGGUUCGCAUUUUAUUGACGACGUUAAUUCCCCAGAAAUUGUACCCACGAUUCGAUUUGUGAACUUGGCCCGUACCAAAAGUCAUCUUAUACGGAACAAAGAAACUGUACAGCAAAACAUUGGUCAGAACGAGACGGCUGAUAUUGAACCCAACGAUGCGCUUCAGCUGUCCAGCGGUAACCAGAAGGAACCGGGUGUAACACUUAUUUUUGAAUGGAAAUCCAUCUUUCCACUCUUCUCGCAUCUUCCGAAAGUCCAGCUUGCCUCCAUGGCCAACCGGGCAGCUCCUCUGGGGCUCAAGUUCGCAAAGCGCAUUUCCCCUGCCAUCACACAUUUCGUUAUUGAUACCCUCGACCUCUCGUCCGAAAAGCUCUACGUUUCGCUUAUGGCUUGCGCUGAGAUUGUCAAUCAUGCGUGGUGGGAAGAGGUGUGCACAAGAGCCAGCACGCCUAGAGGAGAGGAGGGCAGCUGGGAGGAUGAAUUUGUUCAGCUGGAGAGAACGGCACGGUGGACUCCUGAAUUAGAAGAUGGCUUUACCGAAGCAUUCCUGGAGGUGGAUGAACGAAGAAGGUCUCUCUUCGACGGUCUGACCGUGGUCCUGCUUAGUGACGCAAGCACACAGUCUGAGGUGAUCUCUCAACUGAACCUCGGUGGCGCCCUCGUCGAAACUAUAGAUCUGCUAGAGGCAGAGACUACCGCGGUAUCUCUGCUUCCUCAACUUUUAUCCAUGCAGAAAACAGCGGUGGCAGGACUACAAAUAUCGACAAGCGCAAACAACGGGACUCAGAGCAGUGGUUUACGUGUAGUGCUUGCGAAAGACUCAGUGAAGGAAGCAUUAAGAAGAACUUGGGUGAAGUACGAGAAGAUUGUAUCAAG